AUGAUAUUUGUUCCUGCGCAAGCGGAAGUAGAACUGAAAAAAGGAGCAAAAAUCAAGCUCACGACAGACAAGGCUGUAGCUUCGAAAUGCAGUGCUGAUGAAUUAUAUGUCGACUAUGAGAACAUGCCAAAAAUUCUGAAGCCUGGGGCGCAUGUGUUCAUCGACGAUGGACUCAUUUCAGUAGUGGUGGAUAGCAUCCAGGGUAAGAAUAUAAUGUGUACGAUCGAGAAUGGAGGCAAAUUAGGUAGCAAAAAAGGGGUCAAUCUUCCUGGUACUAAGUGCGACUUGCCUGCCGUUUCCGAUAAAGACAUUAAAGAUUUAAAAUUCGGUGUCGAACAGGGUGUUGAUAUGAUAUUUGCAUCGUUUAUUCGGAACGCUGAAGGCGUACGUACAAUCCGGCGUAAUCUUGGCGAGAAAGGAAGAUUUAUUAAAAUUAUAGCAAAGAUUGAAAAUCAAGAAGGCAUUGAAAACGCAGAUGAAAUAAUCAGAGAAGCAGAUGGAUUAAUGAUAGCACGCGGUGAUUUGGGUAUUGAAAUUCCCACUGAGAAAGUAUUCGCAGCGCAGAAAAUGCUAAUCGCACGAUGCAAUGUGGUCGGGAAGCCCGUGGUGUGUGCUACUCAAAUGCUUGAAUCAAUGACUAAGAAGCCAAGACCUACUCGAGCUGAGGGUAAGUUAAUGCAUUAA